AUGUUGAGUUCCUUCCAGCCCCAGGCGGGCUGCACCCGCGAGAAGCCUGCUGGUUUGCAAUCUCAGGCCAAUAGCCAGUUGCCAUCCAUUUUGUGGCUCGAGUGCUCUGACUGCCGCAUCCCAGCGAGCAAUAUAUUAGGCCUACAUCCUAACGACGUACUCACACACCGCAAUGUGGGCAACAUUAUCUCACCCUUAGACAUCAGCACCUCGGCAGUCAUCGAAUUUGCAGUCGCGCAUCUCGUUGUCAAACACGUCGUCAUCUGUGGCCACUCGGAAUGUAUCGGGAUACAGUCAGCCAUGGCUCUGAAGCGUGUAGGCGGCACUUUGGACACUUGGCUCGCGCCGCUGAGAGCAAUUCGACAGCAGCUGUCGAACGAGCUCUUGUGUCUGCAGGAUGACGGCGCCCAAGAGAUGCUGAUUGCCGAGAAGAACAUCGAGUACGGCGUUACAGCACUGUUGGCCAACGUCACAAUUCAAGAACACAUAGCGAGUCGAAAUCUUCAGGUCCACGGCUAUAUGUUGGAUGCCCCAAGUGGCCGGAUCCGAGACCUCGGACUUGGACCUAAAUCGAGCACACUUACAGCGAUCGCCAGCCCUACGCAUGAGAUAAUUCGUGGCAACUAUGCGCAACUCAUUUUUGAAGAAGACGGGACUGCGACAAUGACAGCUAAGUAG